AUGGCAGAUAAGGUACAAAGAGUGAUGGAGGACAUGGUUCCUGAACUCUUGGACCUUGGAAAGCGUAAAGUAUUCUCAGGGGAGGAAAUUAGAGAAAUAAUAAAGCGUCGAAGGGGUUUUGAGUAUAAAAUAGCAUCCAGAACUCCGACUUUGAGAGACUUUUUGGAAUAUUUAAGCUAUGAAUAUGAAUUAGAAAGAAUCAGAAACACUCGAACAAGGGCUUUAAAGUUAAGGAAACGUACUAUUGGCGAUUAUUCAAUUAUUCGUUUAAUUCAUUUUAUCUUUAAGAGAGCUCUCAGGAAAUUUCCAUCUGACGAAAAACUUUGGCUUCAAAACGUUGACUUUUGCUUAAAAUCAGGAUCUUCAAAAGCCUUACAAAGAUGUUUGAUUUCUGCACUUAAACAUAACCCGAGAAAUGGUGUUUUUUGGCUUAUAAUGUCUGAUAGGGAACUACAGAAUGGGAAUGCAAAAGAGGCGAGAUCUGCAAUUUUACUUGGACUAAGAGUAAAUAAGGAGUCUUUAAUAUUAUGGAGAGGUUUUUCUCAGCUCGAGACUAACAUUGCAUAUAGAAAGUAUUUAGAUUCUUUUUCUAGUUCUAAGCUCGCACUUAAUAAAGGGUUUAGUGCUAAAAAUUCAACUGUUAUGCCUCUAAUUCCAAUUCUCAACCACGGUUUAAAAAGAAUUAAGCUUGAGUAUAAAAAAGAAGCUCACAUUUUAUUUAUGUUUAGACAAUAUCACAAACUGUAUAAUGUGCUUUUGGAGGAUGGUAACCUUUCUGGGAUUGAAGGUAUGAAAGAACUAGAAAGCCAAAUAAUUGACUCAUUUAAUCAGAGUAAGAAAUCUCAGCCGUUGUUUCCUCUAUUUGCAAUUAUUACAGCUAUUUGUAAAAAUGAUGGCUCAGAUAUUUUCAAUCAUUUUGAGUCUGAAAUCAACCAGUUAUUUUGUAACUUAGACAGUGAAUUUGUCUUAGUUACUUUGAUUUUUAUUUGUAGACUCAUUUAUAAUUGUACUAAUGGCCAAUUAUUUGAGCAUAACCAGGGAAAUACAUCCGGUGCUCUUUUAGAAUCUGCAAACACUUCAAAUAUUGUAGAUUUUGGAUUUCAAAUUUCAGAAUCUUUUCAAGAUUUUGACAAUCCACCGGAAUUACCCACUGAUAGUGACCAUCCAAUGGAUAAUUGUUUAAAUUUAGAUAUGAUUACAUGGUAUAAUCAGACUUGUCUAGAAAAUCUACUUUCCAGAGACAAUUUGAAAAUUAAGAAAGCCAUUCAUUUAUUGAAACUAGAUCCCAACUUUUGGAAUUGCUGCUUUUUAGAGGAUUCAACAACUGAAGACCUGAUUAAAAAAUUAUCGUUUUACUCAGUACCUGGUAUAGAAGACAGAGAAAUAUGGAAAGAAAAAUUAUUUUCAAAAGAACAGAUUGAAUCUAUCAGAGAAAGAAUUUUUUCAUACUUAUCUUAUGAUUCAAAUAGGGAUAUGUUCAUACAAUUAAUUGCUAAUGUAAAGAAGAAGGCUGAGAAAUUGACUUUAGGACCUGAAUCUCAAGGUUUAAAACUAUCUUUAUUUGAGGCUCUGGAUUCACUAUUUGAACUGAAACAAUCAAACAAUGACCAAUAUUGUGUCGGUGAAACCAAUUUUACAGGAGAUCUUAUAAAUAAGAACCUACUUCAAAUUAACGAUAACAUUCCACAAAUUAUACAAGCAUAUAAGCAGUUUAUUAUAUAUUAUGGUACAAAGCCUCUUUUAUCCGAUCAAAUUACAUUUUUGGUCCAAUCUGUGAACAAGUUGUUGGAUCUGAUUGAAAUCCAAGUUGAAAAUGGAAAAAAACAGUCCGAAAAUUUGGAUUUUAUUGGUUUUUCAAAGACAAUUUUCUGGACCUUGUAUAUGAUCAGCACGAAUUUACAGGAAUCAGAUGAAGAACAUUCACAGGAUCUUAUCAAGCUUAGGCAAAGAAUUAUACUUUGCUCGCUUAAAAUUUUACCAAUAUGGCUCUCUACUAAGAAAAUCCCGGGAUUAUUAUUUAAUACAUUAAUCAUAUACUCAAUACUUAAUUCUAUAGAGAAAGCAGAUAACACAUUAUCGAGCUUAGUACUAAAGUAUUUGAAGUCUCAGGAAACAGGUAUGGAAGUUAGAUUUGACUCAUCCCCCAUUAUUAAAAUUCUUAAAGAGUCUAUAAACGAUGAUUAUCUUAUUCAUACUAUUGAAGUUCUUCUUGGACUAUUAUCUGAGAACAAUUGGCUACUUUCUAAUAGCAUUACAAUGAUUUCUAAACGUAAUAAGGAUAUCACAUCUAUUACCUUUAUGCUAACAUGCAUUUCUCUAUUAUAUUUGUUAUUUGAAAGGUAUCUAAAAAAUUUUAUUUCCCAAGAAAACCAACAUAAUAAACUCAAUGAUCCAAACCUACAAAAUGGAAGCAAAUAUCUAGUAUCUAAACUAUUUAGUAUGUGGAAUCAUCUAAAUACUUAUAUCAGUAGUCUAGAUGACUUUUCUUCGGAAGAAUUUAAAAUGAAUAUACAUAUCAGAUAUUUACUACUAAUUAAACUUAUUGAACACUUAAAAAUAAAAAGAAUUCUUUCUCCAAAAUUUGGAGAAUUUACAGAUGGAAUCAAAAUUCCCACUUUUGCAGAGCUAGUUAGGCAAUUUAAUAAGAACUCCACAUACAUGCGUUUUGGGAAACUGCCUUCUGGACUUAACAUAGUGACUAUUUUCACUUUACCUGUGGACGACUCCCAGUUCGAACUAUGCUUAGAGAAAGCAUCCAUCCUACAAGAAUACGACCAAGAAACCUCUGAAAUGCUAGAAUCACAAACAAAUUCUAUUCAAACUUUAAAUAAAGUCAUGCAAAAUAUUUUGAAUCCAUGCCAACUUUUGGCGCCAACUUCGGUAUAUGUGAGUACUAAUUAUUUAUAA